AUGGUGCUGCUCACCCACCUGCUGGCCUGCGCCUUCGGGACGGGCUCCUGGGUGACCAUCAACGGGCUGUGGGUCGAGCUGCCGCUGUUGGUGCGGGUGCUGCCGGAGCAGUGGGACCUGCCCUCCUACAUCACCAUCAUCAUCCAGAUGGCCAACGUGGGGCCGCUCUUUGUCACCCUCAUGCACCGCUUUCGGCCGGGCUUGCUGAAGGAGGUGGCCGUCAUCUACGUGAUCUUGGCCGUGGGCGUCGUGGCCUCCUUGCUGCUGGCCUUCCUCUGGGACUACACGUCCUCCAUCGGCGGGGCGGCCAAGACCCCCGCCUUCCUGCUCCUCACUUUCUUCCUGGCACUGGUGGACUGCACCUCCUCCGUCACCUUCCUGCCUUUCAUGAUGCAGCUGCAGCCCCAGUACCUGAACUCCUUCUUCAUCGGCGAAGGGCUCAGUGGGCUCAUCCCCGCUCUCAUCGCCCUGGGCCAGGGCUCCGGCGUCUCCACCUGUGUCAACAGCUCCCGCAUGUCCAACAUCACUGUGGGCAACGAGACCGUGGAGAUCACCAUCUUCGAGAUGGUGUCCGACUACCUCCCAGCCAACUUCUCCACCCUUGUCUUCUUCCUCCUCAUGGCUGCCAUGAUGGUGUUCUUCUUCCUCGCCAGGCAGCCCAAGGUCUGGGAGCUCUCCCAGCAGCAUCUCUUCCCCAGCAACAUCGUGCUGAGCUCAUUUGACCAGUUCUCUGAUGAUGGAGCUGCGUCUCAGCUGAGGAGGGUCUGCCCAUGCCCGAAGGAUGCCACGGGGCUUGCGGACAUCCCACCGGAGAAGAUCUACUACCCGCUGGCCAAGCUCAUCUUCAUCUACCUCAUGAUCGCGUGGGUGAGCGCGCUGACGAACGGGGUGCUGCCGUCGGUGCAGUCCUACUCCUGCCUGCCCUACGGCAACACCGCCUACCACCUGGCCGCCACGCUCAGCUCCAUGGCCAACCCCCUCGCCUGCAUCCUGGCCAUGUUCCUGCCCAGCAGGUCCCUAGCCCUGCUGGGCACUCUCACGGUGUUGGGGACAGGCUUUGGUGCCUACAACAUGGCCAUCGCAGUGAUGAGCCCCUGCCCGCUCCUCCAGCAGUCCCAGUGGGGCGAUGCCACCAUUGUCCUCUCCUGGGUGCUCUUCACCGGGACGCUCUCCUACUUGAAGGUGAUGGCCGGGGUGAUCCUGCGGAGCCGCAGCCACAGCGCGCUGGUGUGGUACGGGGCCAUGGAGCAGCUGGGCUCCCUCCUGGGGGCCCUCGUCAUGUUCCCCCUCGUCAACGUCUACGGCUUCUUCGAAUCUGCCGACUACUGCAACCUGCAGUGCCCGGCGUGA